AUGGCCUCUAUUCCGUCUUCCUGCAGCCUCAUGGAGCUGGCGAACCUUAUCUCCCAGUCAAUCCCAAUGCUGCGGGAUGAGUCUCCUAAGCACGCACAUAACGCCCGUGAAAACGUGAUUGACGCCUGUCGCAGGAUGCUGACCCUCGUAGCAAGCCCUGCUGAGAUGCUCAAAGAGAUGGCUUUGAUUGACAGACAGAACCUCGCAUCCUUGCAGGUCAUCAACCACUACCAGAUCGCGUCCAUCGUUCCUCUCGAUGGAAAUAUCCGUAUAUCGGAACUCGCCAAUAAGUGUGGGCUGGCGGUGGACAUUCUACACCGGAUCUUGCGACAGGCCAUGACCUACGGUGCAUUCAGCGAGCCGGAGCCUGGCUGUAUUGCGCAGACAGAUGUCUCGAGGGAGAUACCUCGGUUGUCUCCGCUGCUUACUUACCAGCUUGACGUUUGUUUGCCCUCCAUGGUCCGGCUUCUGGAUUGGUUGAAGGACGUCGAUGAAGGACACACGUGCGCAUAUCAGAUAGCUCAUAACACCAAGGAUACCUGGUGGUCGUCUGCUUCCAAGAAGCCCGAACUGAUCGAGAAUUACGGAAGGUAUAUGGCAUUGAUUACAAGUGGUGGGGCCCACGAUGUGAGUUACCUUCUGAGGGGCUUCGCCUGGGAGGAACUGGGAGACGCCAUUGUCGUAGAUGUUGGCGGUGCGGAUGGAUUCGUCGGAAUUAGCCUCGCAGAGGAGUAUCCUAACCUAGCCGUGAUCGUGGAGGACAAUGUCGGGCUGAAAGAUAGUGCCGAUGACAAGAUCCCCCAUCAUUUGAAGUCAAGGGUGGUCUUCUUACCUCACUCGUUUUUCAAGCCUCAAUCGGCAUUAAGCCGCGAUGCGGAUGUGUUCAUCUUGAGACACAUUCUGCACGAUUGGAAUGACAAGGAUUGCUGGGCCAUUCUGCAGGUUCUUGUUGAUAGCAUGAAGCCGGGAGCCUCCAUCCUCGUGGCAGAGCAAAUUCUUCAAAGCCCUGGGGCUGCGACUUGGCAGCGUGAGCGAGUCAUGAGAGCAUUAGAUAUGCAGAUGAUGAUCCAGUUCGGAAGCAAGGAGAGAGCCUUCGAGGACUGGAAUGCAUUGUUUCUGUCCGUCAAUCCACCCUUAGACAUUGUAAAUUGCGUGCACCCAGACGGCAGUGCGGACUCUUUCAUGGAACUGAAGAAGAGAGCAUGA